CCGCCGGUUUCUGCAGUAAGAUCGGAGCAGCUGGAGGAGGCCUCGCCGGCUGGGGAGGAGGACAGGGAGAGAAGCAGAAGGAAGAUCCGGGAGCCAGCAAAAACGAAAAGGUCCAGGCCUGGGACUGGCAAAAAGGGUAAAAAGAACGGAUAGUGGAGGGUCCACCCAAAGUCUCUUAUGCUACUUUAUUUUUUCCAUUUUUUUUUGUUUCAAGCUGUUUUGUAAAAAUCCUGUUUUCACAAUGCCGUCCAACGCUGCCACAGCCACCACUACCACCACAUUCAAAAGUUCCGACUUCGAUCAUGACGCAGCUGCAUAUAAAGUGAAUGAAGAGCAACCACUAGAGAGGAGUCAGGAGGAGAAACCAACCCACAGUGUACCAGCGAAGAAAGCAGGUCGACCUGGCAGGAAACGCAAGCAACAACAGGUUGAUAUCUGUGAUACCUCAAAGGAAUGUGUGGUGGGGCCUAAGUGCAAUUCGAGCACAGGGAGCCAGUCCUCGGAGCAGGCUUAUAACGGAGAUAUGGACAGUAGUCCUGGAGACACAUGUGCUGCCUCCUCCCAGCAGAACAAGGACAAAGGUGUCCCAGAAAACGGUGUCCCCAAAGAGCCUCCCCGUAAGGCCGCUGAGCUGGAUGAGAUGACUAAGGGGGGUGACGGGAAGGGGGAGCAAGGCGUCUCUCUGAAGAAUGGCUGCUUCACACACUGGAAGGACCAGGGCUCAGAGAAAGGAGAGGAGGAGCAGGUGCCGCCCCCUCCCUUAAAGAAGCGAGGGAGGCAGAAACUGGAGCAUCCUGAGAAAUACACGGAGGAAGAAGAGGAGGCCAGUUAUGAUCCAGUCAAAACAGAGCAGGGAACUCGAGCCAGGCUAAGUGGGGGACUGGGCUGGAAAACCAGCCUACGUCAGAGGCCCAUGCAGAGAAUAACCUUCCAGGCCGGGGACCCUUUUUACAUUAACAAGAGGAAGAGUGAUGAGUGGCUGGCCAAAUGGAAGAUGGAGGCAGAGAAAAGGGCCACACUUGUUGCUGUGAUGAACUCACUGGAGGAAACUGUCGGGAACGAGAGACAGAAGGAGGAGGAGGAGGAGGAGGAGGAGGAAGAGGAGGAGGAGGAGGACGUGUCCAGCGAGGUCCCCUCCCAGCAGCCCACAGACCCAGCCUCACCCACUGCUGUCACCACCCCCGAGUCCGUCGGAGCAGAGGCCCUGGAGAAUGCCGCCUCCAAGUCAAUGGAUGACGAAGCUGAAUACGAGGACGACCGUGGCUUCGGAAUCGGGGAGCUGAUUUGGGGGAAGCUGCGCGGAUUCUCCUGGUGGCCUGGACGCAUCGUCUCCUGGUGGAUGACCGGGAGGAGCAGAGCUGCUGAAGGAACCAGAUGGGUCAUGUGGUUUGGUGACGGCAAAUUUUCUGUGGUCUGUGUGGAGAAGCUGAUGCCUUUGAGUUCAUUUUCUAAUGCCUUUCACCAGCCAACCUAUAGCAAACAGCCCAUGUACAAGAAAGCAAUUUACGAAGUCCUCCAGGUGGCAAGCAGCAGAGCAGGUAAAAUCUUCCCAGCAUGCCCUGACAAUGACGAGACUGACACAUCCAAAACAGUGGACUUUCAGAACAAGCAGAUGAUCGAGUGGGCUAUGGGGGGAUUCCAGCCCUCGGGUCCGAAGGGUCUGGAGCCACCAGAAGACGAGCGCAAUCCCUACAAAGAAGUUUACACUGAAAUGUGGGUGGAGCCUGAAGCAGCGGCCUAUACACCCCCUCCCCCAGCUAAAAAACCAAGAAAAAGCACAGAGAAACCCAAGAUCAAGGAGAUCAUAGACGAGGGAACCCGAGAGCGACUUGUUUAUGAAGUGAGGCAGAAAUGCAGGAACAUCGAAGAUAUCUGCAUUUCCUGUGGAAGUCUGAAUGUUUCCAUUGGACAUCCCCUCUUCAUGGGAGGCAUGUGCCAAAACUGUAAGAAUUGUUUCCUGGAAUGUGCCUAUCAGUAUGACGAUGAUGGUUACCAGUCAUACUGCACCAUCUGCUGUGGGGGUCGAGAGGUCCUCAUGUGUGGAAACAAUAAUUGCUGUCGGUGCUUCUGUGUGGAGUGCGUGGAUCUUCUUGUAGGACCAGGCGCGGCACAGGCUGCUAUCAAAGAGGACCCCUGGAACUGCUACAUGUGUGGCCACAAGGGCAUCUACGGGCUGCUGAAGCGGAGGGAAGACUGGCCCACACGGCUCCAGCACUUCUUCGCCAAUAACCAUGACCAAGAUUUUGAAGCACCAAAGCUUUACCCUCCCGUUCCAGCUGAGAAGAGGAAACCUAUUCGCGUCUUGUCGCUGUUUGAUGGCAUUGCGACAGGUCUGCUGGUGCUAAAGGACCUUGGGAUUCAGGUGGAGCGGUACAUUGCCUCUGAGGUGUGUGAGGACUCAAUCACUGUGGGGAUCGUCCGACACCAGGGCAGGAUCAUGUAUGUCGGGGAUGUGAGAAAUGUCACACGCAGACAUCUACAUGAGUGGGGCCCCUUUGACUUGGUUAUUGGAGGAAGCCCAUGCAACGACCUUUCUAUCGUCAACCCUGCAAGGAAGGGUCUGUUUGAGGGGACAGGCCGUCUGUUCUUCGAGUUCUACCGUCUUCUCCAUGAAGCGAGACCCAAGGAGGGUGACAACAGGCCUUUCUUCUGGCUCUUCGAGAAUGUUGUGGCGAUGGGCGUCAGCGACAAAAGAGACAUCUCCCGCUUCCUCGAGUGUAACCCAGUGAUGAUUGAUGCCAAGGAGGUGUCAGCCGCCCACCGAGCCCGCUACUUCUGGGGUAACCUUCCUGGUAUGAACAGGUUGGUGAGAGAACGACCGCUGGUGGCGAUGAUCAAUGACAAGCUGGACCUGCAGGACUGUCUGGAACAUGGGAGAACAGCCAAGUUCGGCAAAGUGAGAACCAUCACCACUAGGUCUAAUUCUAUCAAGCAGGGCAAAGACCAGCACUUCCCAGUCUACAUGAACGAGAAAGAGGACAUUCUGUGGUGCACUGAGAUGGAGAGGGUGUUUGGAUUCCCUGUCCAUUACACAGAUGUCUCCAACAUGAGCCGCCUUGCCAGACAGAGACUCCUGGGAAGGUCCUGGAGUGUCCCAGUCAUCCGUCACCUGUUUGCACCACUGAAAGAGUACUUCGCAUGUGUUUAGAACCCGACACGCUUGCGGAAAAACAAACAAAUAAAAAAAAAAGAACUUAAAAAUACACAAGAACUGAUAUUUAACAAGAAAUAAAAUUUUACUCCGAUGAUUUACAAGAAAAAAAAAUACAUUUUAAGUAGGUGUUUUACAUAAUUUCUUGUAUUUUUAAUGUCAUUCUUUUAUUCUAUUUAAUUGUUUUGAUGUUUUUUAAAUGUCAUUUUAAUUUUUAGCUAUAUUAUCCAUUGAAUUUUUUGUAUUGGUUUUAUGUGUGCAAGCUGUACUUGUGACAAGGCUUUCUCUGUUCUUUUACAGCCCUGAGAGACAAUAUGUCAAUAGGAUUGAGUACUGAAAAGGAAAAUUAAUGAUUUCCGUAAAAUGCAUACAUAUAAAUAUAUACAAUUUUAUAUAUGUGUAUAUAAAUAUGUAUGUUAAUUCUGUAAUCAUGUUUAGCCUGGUUUUGAUGAACAGGAGCACAAGCCAGGGGUCUGUUACAGUAAGCCCAAGCAUUCAUACUCUUCCAGUUGCUGAGCCUUACUUUACCAGAACCAUUAAUGGUAACCAAUUGCAAGCAUACAUAUUUACAGUAUUUUUUUAGGGAUGUAUCUUUAGGAAACCGUGAAAACAGAAACCAGCUCACAAACCACUUACCUCUCGUUUACAGUUCUUAAUCAAAACCUAAAGGUACUACUUUACAAUAGUGGCUUUAUAAUGGUGCUUUUAAAUAACAGAUGAUUAGAAACAUCAGCUUCCACCUGGCCUUACAAACUAAACUAACAGGGUUGUGACUGCUGUGUAAAAAAAAUAAAAAAUGCAAUAAUUUGCAAACAAAGUUGUAUAGAACAAGAAAAAAAAAAUUGCAAAGUGAUCUGCCAUAACUCACUUUUUUUCUAACAACAUUUUUAUACCGAACAUACUGGUGCUUUUUACUGCUUAGGCCUUGUAAACUCAGGCCCCAUGCCUGUGGCAGCAUGAACAAUACAAACCCAGCCAACUGUGUAGCCAUGUUUUUAGUCAUCUUGAAUUUCAGAUCACAGGCUGCAGUGAGCUACUGUUUUGUUUUACUGAGACUGGUAUCAUUUGUACUGUACAUCUCUUUGGGGGUGGGGGAGCUGAAGGAGGCAGACAUUCCCAGCACCCCCAGCCCACUCAAACUAUAUUCAAUCAGGUGCAUACAACAACAACAUGGUGCAGCUUACAUUGCAGCUAUGCUUUUUUAUAAGAUCUGUUAUGCUUUUUUCCACAUUAUUUAGCUUGUUUAUAUAUGUGUGUUUUUCUUUCUUAUUCCUGCUUAUUUUGUUUGUUUGGUUUCUAUGAUAUGUCUGACCCUCUCACUUCACCGUGCUAGGGCUGCGCCAAAUGAUGUGAAAGAGAAGGGGAAAACGUUGAUUAUUUUUGUAAUUUGCUGAUUUUAAAAUGUACCAUCUGGUGGGGGGUAAGUGGGACAUUUUUAACAAAUAUAUCUACAUAUGUUGCUUAAAAAAAAAAAAAUCCCCUACUGUUUCCAUGUCUUGUUUUUUUUUUUUUUUUUUUUUUUUUUAAAAGAUCGGAUUUUGGACAAGUUCUAACUCUGUCACUCUGAGGAUAGGCAUAAAACAGACCAAAUUAAAUGUGAAUGUGCAGAAUGUGGGACUACAACAGGAGAAAGGAACUAUCAAGCCAAUAUAGUAUCUGUGGAUUUAGUUUCCUAGAGGUCAUCUGGUACAAGACCUAAGUGAUAAGACACAUAAGCUUUUAUUUUAAUAAUCUAAACACUCUGGAAUUUAUAAACCAGCCUAUUAUUCUAAGGUAAAAGAAAAACAAUGAAAUCAGUACACUGGAUUUGUCAUAGUCAGCCUUGGGUUUAACAGAGUUAGCUCCUUUCCCUGUUUGCCCUGCCCCCAUCAUUCAAAUGCCCAUGUUUCGCACAGUUUGUUUGUUAUGUCUUUCUACAUUAGCUGUACUAUGUACAAAUAUGAUUCUUUACUCAUAUAUAUCAUGAAAUUAGUAAAGCCUUAGAUUACAAAAUAAAUAAAUAAAUUUAAAAAAAAAACAGACAUGAAUUUGUAUCGGAAUAAGCUAUGAAGCAGCGGGGUGGGGGAGAAUGUCCAACCCGCCUUUUAUAUUUAUGAAUUGUUUUUAUGUUUGGAUUUAAAAGUGGCUUGUGAUGGUUUGUCAAGUGAUCUUAACAAUAACUUGCUGACAGCUUUAAGAAGGAGAAACUGAGCUUUAUCGCACAGCCCUAGAUGCAGUGUUUUUUUUUCUUCUUUUUUAAGUGUUAAGAGUGACUGUAGGUGUUUCAUAAGGUGCUAAACAUUUUAUCUAAAUGAAAAAAAUAUAUAUAUUGUUAGGAGAAAAUCAAUUUGUCUUGACAAUGACUGUUUUUAAGUUCUUGUAGUUGAGAAAAAGAAAAAGCACUAUUAUUUUACUCUUAUACGAAUAUAUUAACAAAGGCAUUUUAACUUUGUACUUGAAAAAAAUUAAAAAAAUACAGAUUCAUGUGUUUAGUCUAGGCAUUGCUGUAGUUGGUGCUUAUCUGUGGGAAUAUCAUGUACUCAUAUUAAAGAUUUAACGGAAAUUAGAAAACAUUUGGUAAUAGCUUUUACUGUUACGUAUGUACUUGCUUGAUCCCUGGCGGCCGUGCUUUUUUUAACCCACAUUCCAUGCAGCAAAAAAAAAAAAAGCAGUGUUUCUUAUAAUGUUUGUUUUAGAUUCCAUGUCAUUUUUAACGUUGCAUAUAUAUUUAUUGACAACAAUAAUGUACAUUUCACAGUUCUGAGACUACAGGUCAAUAUCUCUAUUUCCGUCUGUAAUGCUAUUGUACUUCUGUGUAACUAUUGCUCGUGACAUAGCUGUUUAUGGAUUAUACUCUUCUAAAGGUCAGUGCGUACAGCCAAGGUAGCAGUCAGAAUAAGUCCGCCUCCAUCCCAUUUUUUUCAGUGCCCAAAAGAAGAAGAAAAGGCUCCUUUCUUAUGUACUUGUGCUGGAGAACACUUGAAUAAAUGUACUGUUUUUGUGCAAAA